AUCGCGCGGACGUGCUCAAGGAUCCCACGCUGCGUCUCAGGCGAAUCACGACACUCAGCACUGGGAAGUUGAAGCAUCUACUGCGCCAGAGACGACUGUCCACUGCAGUCUCGAAUGAAGUUCGACGUCGUCAUCGACAUGUCCGUACAACAAACCGCAGUGGAUCGUAAGAUCCAUGCAUCUCCCACGUCGACAGGCAGGUCAUUCGUGGGCAACACGUCCCACUACGCCGUGUGCCUGUGGCUCAGCCUGUGGUUCGCUCUCAACAUGACUGUGACGAUCGUGAACAAGCAGGCACUAACUGUACUCAAUCUUCCCGUGACGCUCACGUGUGUGCACAUGGCAUGCAACUCCAUCGGCGCCUACCUGUACGUGCAUUUGAGUUGCCGCGGGGGGGCUCGUGGGCGGCCGCUGCCGUUGCGACCCGACCAAGCCAUCACCAUGUUCUUCUUCAGCUUCAUCUUUGUGUCCAACAUCAUCUUGGGCAAUUGGAGUCUGGGGCUCGUGAGUGUGAGUUUGAACCAGAUCAUGCGAGCCCUCGUACCCGGCACCACCGCCGUCCUCAGCACCGUCGUCCUCCACACCACGUACACGAUGGCGCAGAUACUCGCGCUCGUUCCCAUCGCGUUGGGAGUGUACAUCGCAUGCUCACGAGACAUCGCUUCCACGCCCAUGGGUAUCGCCAUCACGGCCCUCGCCAUCCUGUUUGCCUCGCUCAAGUCUGUUCUCUCCAGCAAAUUCUUGACUGGUCAUGUGACAGUAACUCCCGUCCAGUUGAUCUUGCACCAAGCGCCGCUCUCGGCAGUGUGGUGCGCCGUCGUCAUGAUCCUUGGAGAUAUAAUUCUGCCUGGUGUAUAUAUAUUUUGCAGGCGAGUGGGACGUGCUGCAGUCGACGCCGUGGGAUGUCGUGCGUCCUGCCGUGGGGCUGUACGUUGUCACAGGGGCAUUCAGCUUUGCUCUGAACGUGACCAGCUUCGCCGCCAACAGGUGCACGUCCGCUGUGACACUGGCCGUGUGUGCCAAUGUCAAGCAAGUCGCGGUGGUGGCGCUGUCCGUGGUUAUUCAUGGCGAUGACGUGGUGUCGGGGCAGAUGCUGUGGGGAUGUGCCCUCGUUGUUAUUGGCGGGGUGUGGUACUCAUACGUGGCCCACCACCCGUUCACCAAACAAUUGUCCAAGUCGUAGUCUUAUCAAUAACAAUAUGGAUAUCUA